AUGAUUGAAACGAUAAGUGAAUUUGAUAAUAUUUCCCUUAAUGGAGGAAGGAAUUUUAGUUGGGUAUUCCUAGUUGACUGGAUCCUUGUCGUGAUCUUAUGUUUAACAGUAAUUUUUUAUUUAAACAGGGCAUUUGCAUACAUCAUAAAUUUGGCAUUGGAAUGGAUCGUAUGGAAACAUUUCAAAGUCAAAAUAAAUCUGGAAUCAAUACGGUUCUCAUUGUUAGGUGGUCGUAUAUUUUUUAAAAACUUAACAAUAAUAGAAAAAGAUCAUACAACGUCAUUUCUACAAGGUUGUAUAACGUGGCGAUAUUGGAUUUUUAGGGCAAGACAAUCACAGUUUGCAGAUGAAUCUAAGCAUUCUGAUGAUAUAGAACAAGAAGAAUCGGGAAAUGAGAAACUACCAUGUAGAUUUCUGAUUGAAUGUGAUGGUGUUGAGAUUUUCGCGUAUAAUAGGAAGGUAUCCUAUGACAAUAUUAUAAAUCUCUUCUCAAAGGAGGAGAAACAGAAAUUUUCAAAAUUCCUUUCAGAAAAUAAUUUUAGUGAUUAUGGCACUGGUUGUGAUGAUCUUACGAGUUCUAAUAAUAUGGAUCAAAAAGAAUCCUUCAAUUCUACUAGCAAUAGUGCUAGCGAAGAAACCAAAAUAGAUGAAGAUGUAGAGCACUCUAGUGAUUUACCCAAUGAUUCCCUAGGGUCUGGAACACAUAAUGACAGAACAUUCAGUCAACCGCAGAAAAAACUUAAUUCAUAUUCAUUUUUAAAGUUCUUACCAAUAGAAUUGAAAUUGAAACACGUUUCUGUUGUUUUAGGAAAUAAAUUUACGCCUUCUUUGAUUGUGUUAAGUGCUGAUAGUGGUUGUGGUAACGUUGAUUACAGACUCCCUGACUCAAAAUUAGAUAUUUUCACUAUGAGUUACAAAUUACAAUUUAAGAACAUGGUAGUCGCAAUGAAACCGAAUAUUGGAUAUAAUGAAGAGGUAUCAAUUAAAUUUAAAUUGAAUAAAGGGAAGUUAUCAAAACUUUGGAAAAGAUUUUCUGUCGUCACUGGACUGAUUACUAGACCUUUGGGUUUGACUCACAAAAAGAACAAGAAUGAAGCAACGGAUGCCAUCUUUUUCCAAAAAUGGCAAGGUUUAUCCUUAUACAAAGGUGUGGGAAGAGAAAGCAUAAAUAAUGAACUUGAUGAUAUUGAGUUCGAUUUUACAAGUCAUGAAUAUGCAAAAUCUUCUACGAUAGUAAAAUCACCCAACGUUGAUAUUACCUAUGAAGUAGCAAUUCCCGGUCUGGUGCCUCAUGGAGCUCAUAGAACCAUAUCAGGUGUCGAUGGACCGGAUGUUGGUAAUAAUGGUGCGCCCCCGACGAACCAUUUAGACAUGCAAAUUAACGGUGGUUCCAUCUCAUAUGGGCCAUGGGCACAGAGACAACUAGGUCAUAUUCAGGCUUUGCUAAUGCCAUCCGUCUUCAAAUCUCAGAAACCUGUUCAAAAAUUAUCGCCAGGUUCGAGAAGAAUAUAUACUAUUUUUAGUAUGUCAAUUGCCAUGUUAGAUGAUACUACGUGGCGUGUGCCAACUAGGGAAUCCAGUAAGGAUGUGGCAUUUUUAACACAUUAUAAAGAAACGAAGGAUGAGUAUAGACCAUUUGGGUGGACAGAUUUAAAAUUUUCUAAGGAUUCUAGUGCUGAGGUAAUGUUUGUUCUAAGUCCGACAGCCGAAGGUAUUAAAAAUAAUAUUAAUAUACAUCUUGUUAAUAAUGAAAUUAGGUCGAGUGUAAAUCAUGAUAUUUUCCUAAAAUGCCAAUACUUUGAUUUUGGUUUUCUUAUGCAUUAUCCUUUAGGUUGGAAUGAACAAUACAAAUGGAAGGUCACUAUGUCAUCAGCCCAGUCAGAGAUUUUCCUACUGAGGGAGCAUAUGACAUUAAUUAGUGAUAUUGUUACAGAUUUUACUGCUAGUUCAUCGUCAAUAUAUGAACAAUUCAGACCAUCAUUAUUUGAAUUAUCGUGGCUUAUGGACGGUUAUUCGAUCUACUUAAACGUUAAUGAUCAUAACAUUAUAAAUAAUCCGCUAGAUUUUAACGAAAACUGUUAUUUGUCACUUCAUGGUGAUAAAUUAACGAUUGACGUAUCCGUCCCAAAUGUUAGCAUUACGAAUACAUGCUCUAAGAUUGAUUACAAGAUAUUCACGCCAAUGUAUAGAUUGUUACUAAAUGCUCCACCUUGGAAUACUCUUAACGAAUUUAUGAAACAUAAAGAAGUGGGUAGAUCAUAUGAUUUUACAGCUAGCGGUUCUUAUGUUCAUUACAUGAGAUUAGGUAUUGACAACGUUGAUGAGAUAAUAAUUGAUUGUGUGAGUAAAUCUACAACACUUCAUUGUUACGGGUUUGUGAUUAGAUAUAUUAUGAAUGUGCAGGCAAAUUAUUUUGGUGAUUUCUCUCACUUCAUCACGUCCGAGGAAUAUACGGAGAAUUUAAUUUCGUCAAACACUAACGAUUUUAUACCCAGUACAGACAUUGAUGAUGGUGGUUCAUUUUCAGGAAUGGCUACAAAUUUUAACAAGAACGCUGAUAUUAAUGUAAAAAACAAGAAUAUAUCACCUUCUCAACUCAAAAGGACCGAAAACGAAUCAGAAGUUUGGUUUACAUUUUCCGUGAUUGAGGGUGCAUUGAUUCUUCCAGAAACAAAUUACAAUGCCGAUCCGUGUAUUGGUAUGCAUUUUAGUGAACUUGUGGUCGACAUAAGAAACAAUAGUUAUUACAUGGAUAUUUUGGCAACAAUAGAUAAUAUCACUCUGAGAAGAUUCAUGGGCAAACAAUCUAACGACAUUUAUGAAUGUGUUCGGAAAAACAAUGGAACAGAUUAUUCUAGUUUUGGUACCUUGUCCGCAUUAUCUGUUGCUGGGCAUAGAAUGUAUGGACUACCCCCCGAAGAACAUACUUAUUUUUGUAAAUGGGGUAUUGAUAUUGGUGAUAUUAAUAUUAAUUCUACUUUAGAAAUUGUCAAAGGUCUUGGUCUUGCAAUUCAAAAGAUUAAAUUUGGUCAUGAUGACCUGGAAAAUAUUCUACUAUAUCAGAAGGAUAUAGUUGAUGAUAUGACAUCGGUUACACUCAAUGUUAGUUCGCUUGAAAUUGUUUUGAAUACACCAGAGCCAAAGUCAUUUUUAUCAUUUAGAUUGAAUGACCUAUGUGUCAGUUCUAUUGAUUUCAUGAACGAUAGAUAUUCUAACAGACAAGAUAUUACAUUGCCAAACUUGAAGGUAUCCCUUUAUGCAUUUACAGCAGAAAAUGAAAUCGUAUGUUUUUUUAACUUUGAAACGAAAUUUAACUUUAGUAAUUUUUCGAAGACCAAAGAUUUCCGUGAAAAUAUUAUCAAACAAAGGAAUUAUAUCACAAUGAGUGAUUCUGCCUUCCAUAGAGUAUCAUUUUUAUUACCAGAAGAAUAUCAAAAUUUAUCUGUAUAUAACGACCGGUUUGGGGAUAUUGUCCCAUCGUGCUCACUGCCGUCAUUAGCUUUACCCGUUUUACCAGAGACGAUUGACAUUAUAAUUGAAGAAUUUUUGGGAGAAUAUUCCUCACUGUUAGAAGUUCUAUCUCCUGUUAAGAGUGACUUCGAGAACCAAACCUCAGAUACAGGGUAUCUCACAAAAACAUCAACUAAACAAUCUGAUUUCACUGUAAUGAAACGUGUAGAUAUGGCUUCUUUGAACAACAAUAUUAUGGAUAUGGGUGACGAAAUGAGUAUCGACCAAUCUGACUUAGUUUUUGAUAUUAGCUAUAUUUCCAUGGAAUUAAAUCCUAACGUAGGGAAAUAUUUACAACAAUUUUUGAAAGAUUUCUAUACUGAGUCUAUAAUUGGUGUUUUAGAUGGUAUAGAAAUUGGUAUUGUCAAUAAUUUGGGAAAGCUAAAUGAAGGUAGUUCUAUUAUUACAAAUGUUAAAUUGAGAAUUUUAUAUUUUGACAUAUUCUGGGGUAUUAAAGAAGAAAGUGGUAUAGAAUUAUUCCUGGACAAAAUUGAUUUUGAGAUGUCAGAGAGGGAAAUUGAAGAAAAUAGGGAGAAAAGGGUCAAGGACCUCACAUUAUUGAUGAAAUCUAAAUCUGUCAGAAUAACCAUUAAUGAGCGGGAUACAAAAGUUCUCGAGGAAGAAAGACCACCUGCUUUGUCACUUGUCAUGGAGGGUGCAGAAGCCUGGUCUACUACAACUGAGGAUCAGACAAACUCGGUCAAGAUCACGUCAAUUGAUUUUACUGUGGACGAAUCACAAGUUGAAUGGUUAUUCGAAUUUUUUAGUGUUCAAGAUAAAUUUAUCAAAGAGGUUACAGAGACGUUUAACAACAUCCAAACAUUGAGAACCGGAUCUCGUAAAUCUUUAAUAUCUAAAUUAACUGCUGCAAGCGAACAUUACCAGAUUAGCCACGAUUCUUAUGUUAUUACUAAACCUGCAUUUAUAAUGAGAUUAUCUCGAGGACAUAUUAGAGAAAAUCGAAGUUGGAAAAUUAUUACCCGUCUACGUCAUAUUUUGACCUACCUUCCAGAUAAUUGGGAUCAAACUAUUGAUUCGUCAUUCAAGGAUAAAAAGGUUAACACAUUAAAGGAUGCAAAGGAAAUAUUUAUGAAUGUGUUUUCCAAUUGGAGAAACUGGGAAUUUUCAGAUGUGGCAAGAUCCUACAUAUAUAACAAAUUAUUUUUGGAAGGACAAACUAAACAAAAUGAGAAUUCGUUAAGGAGAAUUGUUAAAGCGAGUAUAGCGUCAUUUUUUAUCACUGUUUAUACAAAAGGCUAUGAAGUGGAUCAUAAUUUUGUUGUUACAGACGCAGAUUUUUUGUUAGAACAAACACCUCAAUUUUCUGAACUUGGUAUCAAUCGUGAGAAAUUCAUCAAUGUAACCGGUAAGAUAGGAACUAUUAAGGGUAAAUUCAGUGACAAGCUAAUUAAAAUGCAAGAAUUACUUCCAGUACUUAAGAGCGAAGAUGAGAAUCAAUUAAAACGAGUCAGUACACUUUCAAAAACAUUUAAAUUAAACGUUGCUAUGCUUUUUGGUCAUAGUGAAUUACAGUUGGUAGUUGGAAAAACUAACAUAGUUAAUACGAUCAAUGGGGGGACCGUAAGUAUGUUAUGGGAAAGUCCAAAAGAAUAUACAUCGCACGCAGGUUCCAUAAUUUUAUUUUCAGAAACUUCAGAACUGUGGCUAAAGCACAGAGGUGUGGUUCUUGCCGAGGGUCAAUUCCAUGAUUUGUCCGUAUCGGCCACUGCAGAAUCUUGGUCAAAUCAACCAACUUUUGUUAUUAAUGCGCAAUGUAGUGAUUUACAUUUAAGAGCAAUGGCUAAUACUGAUGUGUUAGUAAAGUCGAUUGGUGAAAUAGAAGCAACGAUCCAACAAAUAAAGAAAACUUGGAAACCUUCAAAAAAGACGAUCAAUAGUUCGUAUCUUAAUGACCACAAGAUAAAUGCAGAAAUACUUUUCUUUUUAUCCAAUGUCAGUGUUGAAGUAAUGCCCCUUUCACCAUUUCAAUGUCGUAGUGAGAUUAGAAAGGUCGAAAUUAUCUUUAAAAAAUAUGAUACUCAAGAUAUUAUCCUUAAUGUUUGGGAUACGGAUAUCUAUGUAAGCUCCAACUUCACAAAACAACAAUAUUUCAGAAUAUCAUUGGGGGAUUUACAACUGAAAUAUGACAUUAAUAAUGAACAAAGUACAAGUUUCAAUAUUGGCUUGUCGGCUUCUAUUGCAAAAUUGACUUUCUCGGAACCUCACAGAAUGAUCUCAAGUUUCCUGCAAGAUGAACGUAUUGCAUCUCAGAGUUUUGCCCAAUUUGAGAAAUUAAUUCCAAUCUUUCAAAGAUUAGCUGUUGGGAAAGACUAUUCUUCUUCAAAUAAGAAGAGGUGCAUUUUUGAUGCUGAUAUAACAUAUCUAGGUAUUUUGAUUCCUAUAUCCACCACUUUCUUUGUUCUGGAAUUCCAUUCCCUGCUUGGGUCGUAUGCAGAUCUCGACGAUAUUAAAGGCGAGAAUGACGAUGAAGUCUCUGGACAGCUGUCAGCCCAAAAUAUAUUGUUCUUGAUUAAAGAUCGUGAUGUUCCUUCAGGAUUAUCUAAGAUACUGGAUUUAUCAUUGAAGUUUUCAACGACUCAGAAGGCAGCAGAUUCCGACAAAUCAUUUGAACUGGAGAGUAAUCAUUUCAGAGUCUGCUUCUCACCGUUCUCGUUCGUCCGUUUAAUUUGGGGUAACCAUCAACUGAUGACCUUGUAUGAUUAUUAUAGAGAGAACAGAAUUCAGAAUUUAUGGAAUUACAAAACACUUAAUGAUAUCAUGAAGACGGAUAAUACCGGGACAUCUGAAUCACCUUUGAAACUAUCCUCUAUCCAUAUUCUUUCCUACAAUUUCUGUGUUGGUUGGAUCUUCCAGGAUCGAAGUGGUAAGGAACCAGGUGUUAUGUUAGGAUUCAGCAGGCUAUUUUCAGCUUAUGAAAAGGGUUUUGGUAAAUUAACUCUGAUAGAAGCAUUUCUUUCAGUAGCUAACGGAAAUACUUCAUCGACUUUUUAUUCACAAGGUAACGAAAAAGAACGUAUAAAUAGAAGUUAUUUGCCCAAUAUGCAAAUUUCUUAUUGGUUCGAAAAAAUAGAUGAAUUGAGAGAUGUUUAUGUUAGAUUUCGUGGUGAAGCGCUGGACGUUAAUUUUUUACCAUUGGUUAUUGAAGUUAUUGAGUCGUGUGUUAAAUCGAUGGAACUUUUCCAGCACUUGAAACAUAGCUUGAUUAAAAUGCAACCGUCGAAGAACAAAAAGAAAAACACUGAUCACAAGUCUAUGGAUCCGACCAAAACUUUUGCACCUCUGUUUUCAGGUAUAAGGUCUAUCAACUGUCAAUUCCAAUAUGAUGGUGGUGUUUUCAAGGUUUAUUCAAUUCACGAUUAUGAGUCAAAAUUAGAUCCAUCUUUCGAAGUUAAGAGCCCGGGUGUACAAAUAUAUCUAAAUUAUAAACAUUACCCAGAUGCCAAGAAACCUCAUUGGAUAAGAGGGUUGGUUAAUAUUGAAAGUACAUAUAAUCUUCUUUAUGCGAAAUGUGCACCCCUAAUUGCUGCAUUUAUUGUGCAACUGCAAAAUAUUGUUACAAGAUAUAAUGAUAAUGAAAAACUUGAAAUGAAGAAACCAGUUAUUAAACCUACAUCUACAAACUCUAGUAUUGACUACAAGCGUUUACUAGAUCCAUUCGAUAUGGCAUUUAAGAUUACAUCGGACGAACAAAAAUUAAGCUUAAGUUGUGAACCUAAAGCCAAGGUUCAGUCUGACAUUGGUUUUGGUUCUUUUACAUUCGACAUAACUACAAAUGAGAAAGAAGAUUCUGAUCCAUUUAACAUAUCCUUGGUUAUUAAAAAUACAGAGGCGUCAAUUAAGCAUGUCUUUUCUAGAGAAGCAAGUACCUCGUUCAAUGUCGAUUUAAUAAAUUUGACAAUGAUAUUUACACAUCCUGACGUUAUUAAUAUAUUCGGUUUAGGUCUUAUUUCUGACGUGAACGUGUAUUUCAAUAUGAAGCAACUCCAAAAUCUCUAUCUAUUUUUAGAUAUUUGGAUGUUAAGCAGUCUUUUGAGGAGCAAGCCACUUCGAAAUAUAUCAAGAGAAAGUAGUCAUCUUUCUAUCCCAAAGGUCGCCAGUAUUAAUAUUGAUACACCAUGGUCGUUCACAUUAAUCUUUACAAAUAUAAAUGGGGAUGUUGAUUUAGGUUCUUCGUUAGGUCUGAUCUCUUUGAAAUUGAAGAGGACAUGGGUAGCUUCAGAUCAUUAUCAGGAUAAGAGGCAAUUACUUUACACAUUCAUUGAUGAUAUUCGCUUACUAUCCAAGGGUAGAUUGAGUGGUGUCUUAGAGGUGAUUGGUGCUUCUUCAAUUAUUGAGGUUAACUGGCCAAAUGAGUUGUUUGAACACAAGUACCCACUGGUGUCACUUUCGGCUAAUAUUGAUAAUAUUUCUGUAAAAGCUGCAUUUGAUUAUCACAUGUUCCUUAUUGGUACGAUAUUUAAUACAAAGUUCCAUCUACAUAGUGAAAUGGAUAUCAAUAACAUUAUGCCUGAUUUACUAAAGGUACGCGUUACCUGUGAAUCUAUCAAUGUUUGUUCAACAGCUUUGGUGGCAGCCAACAUUGUUGAUCUGUACAAUACUAUAAUGCGUAUGAGACAAGACAAUAAGAUUUCAUAUCUAGAAACAUUACGGGAAUCUAAUUCGUCUGAGACAAGAAACCAAGAUACGUAUAGUGACGUUAUUAAAUCAUUAAAUCUUUUGCAAACAGAUGUUUCUGUGGAUAUCUCCACUCUAAACAUACAAAUAUCUCCAAUUUCCUUAUAUGAUAUUGAAGUUCUAGUGAUUAAUAUUGGUAAAUUAUCUGCAAGUUCCGGGACACAUUCUGGUCCAAAAGUCAAAACAGACCUUAGCUUACUUGUUCGUGAUGCCUACGUUGCAUUAUCUACAUCUAAGAAGGAAAUGGAUGAAGACACAGUAUCAAAAAUUUCUGUUGAACAAUAUAUGGAAUAUGCCUCACAUAUCACAGGGGGUACGAUUGUUGAAAUGCCAAUGGUCGAUAUAAGUAUGACGACAUGGCAAGAAGGAGAUAGUAAUAUUUUGGAAUUUAUAUAUGACUGUACCUUUGGUGAAAAAGUUGGUGUUAAAUGGAAUUUAGGUCCAGUCAAUUUCAUAAAGGAAAUGUGGGCUACACAUGUAAGAGCCAUGGCAGUGCGUCACUCACAAAAUGUUGCCGACAUUGCUCUGGAUAAUGAAGAAGACGUCGAGAAAAGAUUGAAAGAGGAAGAAAGUAUUUCUAAGUUCAUUUAUGUUGCGCUCCGUGAUCCGAAAAUUGAUAUGCCUCAGAUUAAAGAUUUAGGUGAUGCUACCCCACCAUUAGAAUGGUUUGGUGUUAACAGAAAAAGACUACCGAUGUUUACUCAUCUAACAGUAAUAAAACCCGUGCAACAGAUUGUGCACACUGCCGAACAACAAUACGCUAGUAUUAUCGGACAUUCUCAAUAG